AACAAGCAAAAAGGAUGCAGCUCGGAUAACGGACAGGGUCAACGACUAUUGAAAAGGUCGCAAGACGCAACGAAAAUUUUAGGGAAAAUAAAUAAGUAAAUGAGUGGAAACUUUACCGAUGUAUGUGUUUAAUAAGAAGGUACUAAAAGAGAACUACUCUUCCCAGACACAACAAAACAAACGAUAUGUAUAUCUCUCUCUCUGUAUAUCUAUACUCAUGGGAGACAACUCUAGAUGCAUUUCAGUCAAAAGUAAUCCUUUCAGAGCGGUCACGCUGUUUACAUCUGAUCCAAACAGGUCCAGUAAAAUGACUACGUUCAUCCCUAAAAUUGAGAAGCUUUCAUCAUGUGUCACACGUAUCCUUGGAUGCAAUCCAGGCCAUAUGACACUUCAGGGUACAAAUACAUAUUUAGUUGGUAAAGGAAAUAGCAAAAUACUGAUUGAUGCUGGCGAAGAGAAUAACUCUGAAUAUAUUUCACUGCUUCAGACAGAGCUGAAGACGAAUAAAUGGUUUAUUAGUGAUAUUAUCGUCACUCACUGGCAUGCUGACCAUGUUGGUGGUGUUGCUAAUAUUCUGCAAAAUGUACAAGAAGCUUCCUCUGCAAAAGUACAUAAAUUUCCAAAACUUCAACCUCCUGAAAGUUAUAUUGGUUCUGCUCCAUUGAACUUCAUCGAAGACAAGCAAGUGAUUUCUGCAGGAGGUGUAUCGGUGCAAGCAUUCCACACACCUGGACACACUGAAGACCAUAUAAUACUUCAACUGAAAGAAGAGGGAGUGGUUUUUUCAGGAGAUAAUGUCCUUGGUGAAGGAACUACAGUUAUGGAAGACCUACAUUCUUAUAUGAAAUCACUGCAGGUUAUCCUUGACUUAAAGCCGUCUGUUAUUUUUCCUGGUCAUGGUCCAGUGGUCUGUGAACCAAUACCAUUUGUAGAAAAUUAUAUUCAACACAGACAAGAGCGAGAAUCUCAAAUAUUAAACCAUUUGAAAGAAAACCAAGGAAAUAUGUUGACAGUUGAAGAAAUUAGAGAGAAAGUGUAUAAGGAUCUUGCAGCCUCUCUGCAUAAAGCUGCAGAGAACAACAUAAACUUACACCUUGGAAAACUUUUGAAAGAAAACAAAAUUAGUUUUGUUGAUGAUGGUGAUGUGAAAAAGUGGUCAAUGUUUAAAGAAAUCAAGCAUAGUUUGUAAUAUGAAUACAUACAGCAACAAAAAUAUUUCAAUCCGGUGUUUAAAGCUUAUAUUUAAAAUGAGUUUGAUAAUUUCUUCUGUUUGUUUGUCUGUCUGUGUCUCUGACGUAUGCAUGAAGGCACUUGCGUGAGAAUUAUCUCCCUUUGAAUCGUGUUUAUCGCUCUGAGAUGACGAACCUGUAAAUUGACAAUAACUAUUUUGUCUCUGAAUUCUGUUGUAGAAUGUUUCAUUAUCAAUGCGAAAGAUGGUAUCAUUCGUAUGAUAAAACAAAACGAAACGAAUUGUAACCAGUGAAAUACAUUGGAAAACUAAAUACAACACGAGAUAGUUUGGUCAAUACUAAUAUGAUUUUAUACUUUCGUAUUAGCAUUUCUCGAAUUUGUUAUAAGAAAUUCAAGUCCAAAUUAGUUCUUUAUGAACUUAGAAGCUUGUGUUAGUCUGCUGUUAAGAAGCCAAUUUGCUAUAUACAUGUUACUAUAUACAUGUUACUAUAUACAUGUUACUUAAUAUACGUGUUACUUAAUAUACGUGUUACUUAAUAUACAUGUUACUUAUAUACACAUGUACUUAUUUUGCAUGAAUAAAAGAAAACGAAUCAAUUUUAAUCAUCAGCUUUUUUAACCAAAUAUUCCACUUUUAUGCUUUAAUAUUUGUUGUCUUUUAAGGGAGCAAGCUGGCGGAAUUGUUAGCAUGCUGGGCAAAAUGCUUAGUGGCACUUCGUCCAUCUUUACGUUUGGAGUUCAAAUCCUGCUGAAGUCAACUUUGCCUUUCAUCUUUUCAGGAUCGAUAACAUAAGUACCAGUUGAACACUGGGGUCGCCAUAAUCCACUCAAACCCUCCCCUAAAAUAGCUGACCUUGUGUCAAAAUUUGAAACAAAUAUAUUUGUUGUCUUUGAGUUCAAAUUCCGCUGAGGUUGACUUUGUUUUUCAUCCUUCCAGGGUCAAUAAAAUAAAUACCAGUUAAGCAGUGGGGUUGAUUUAAUUGGGUUACCCCUUCACUGAACUUGCUGGCCUUGUGCCAAAAUUCGAGAUCUAUAUUUGUUGUCUAUUCAUUUUUUUUACCUUUUGGUACCAUAUCUGAUGGCACAUAAGACUCCCCCCCCCCACCUAAUGUCUCUAAAACAUCAACCUAGGUUUUAUAUCCGUAGUUAAACUCCUUCAUAAGCUUUAAUGCCCUAAAAACUUUUUUUUAAUCUGAAUAUGUGCUUCUGAAGUUGGUGCAUGUCUAAUAUCCUGUGUAUCUUUUAUGCAAUCAAAUAUUGCAGUUAGAAGACAUUAGCAAUGCAAAUUCCAUAAUAAUUCCAUGUUGAAUUUCUAUUAAUUUAUUUUUAUUCUUUAAAUAUUACAAGCAAAUUCUUUCACAAUGGUUCGAAAAUUGUAUUUCGUUUGCUAAUGUAUUUCACUAAUUCCUGACAUAACCAGUCUUGCAAAUAUUUGAGUAAACAUGAACUGUGAUGUUUAAGGUGCAAAACUGGCAACAAUUAACGAAUUGAGUGCAGCCAUUGAAUGAGAAUGCACACAAAUACUGAACGUAAUGUUUCUUGAUGUUUGCAAUUCUAUUGCUUUGUGUUAUCAGCAAUGCCUGGGCCAGAACAGUCAUAAGUUUGAAAACAGGCAUUCAUAAAAAAAAUAAGAUGAAAUUCUGUAAAUGUUUAUAUUAAAUUUUGAAAAUGAAAACUAUUUUAAUAAACACUGAUUAAAAAUCA